AUGGGCGGUAUACGCAGCAGCACAGGCGCCCAAGUAGUUAGUGAACUAGCGAUCUGGCAUGUUGACUCAGCUGCCACCCAGGCUCCCGGAAUAAUAUUUGGCCGUGCGACAAACGUCUCUGCCUCACCUCCACAACCCGGAACAUCGCGAAGACAGGCGGCGGACAUUUCCUGCUUCGACGAGUUUCGGGUGGGCUGGGAUAUGGCGAAUCAUUCCAGCAAUCGGAGAUUUAUUUAA